ACAUCCCAAAACAGAAGUAAAAACUACCAAAUUAUGGACCAAUUUCCGGAAGAAAUAACCAGCGAAAUAUUUUCAAGAUUACCCGUCCAAUCUCUUCUCAGACCCAGGAGCUUGUGCAGGGGCGUGCGCGAUUUCACGCAUGGCCCUAUCUUUGUCGACAAGCAUCUGAAGUUUUGGUCUCAAAGGAAUCUCAAUCUCAUCAUCACUGAUAACAAAUGCAGAGAUAAAGGUAACAAUCUCAACACAUUGUACUUAUGAACAGAAUGAAGAAACCUCGACUCAUUACUCUUGCCGUAAAGUUAGCUUAGAAAUACCAAACUUUCGGGAAUUUCGCGUCAUGGGUUCUUGCAACGGUCUGAUUUGUUUGGUGCAUCCUACGAAGAGGUAUGAGAUUUAUGUUUGUAAUCCUUGUACUGGAAAGUAUAUUAAAGUUCCCCCACCAGUUAGCAUGUUAGACAGACCUGGUGACAUAGUCAUAGGAUUUGGUGUAGUCCCAAUGACCAAGAAAUACAAAGUACUUGCAAUUGUAGAUUUCCCACUCCAUGGCGAUUUUAAUCGCUUGCAACAAAAGGUAUUUGUGUAUGCUCUUGGGGAUACCACUUCGAUACAACUUAAAGACAAUAGCUCUGUUCUGAGAUUAGGACAAUCCGCGUGCAAAGCAUUUGCAAACGGAGCGCUUCAUUGGGUCAGCGAUGCUAACCUUAUUGUUUCAUUCAACAUGGACACUGAAGAAUUCAGUGUUAUUCCGCGUCCUGAACUGGAAUUAGGAUGUGGGAGUUUUACUUUGAGAGCAUUCCAAGGGAAACUAAUGAUUUUGAAUACAUCAUUUGGUGAUCGAAUCGAGAUAUGGGUCAUGAAAAAAUAUGGUGUUGCAGAGUCUUGGGACUCGUAGUUUCACCGUAUAUGAAGAACAUAUUGGGCGAAACAUUAGGGAUGUUGAAAUUGUGUGUUUUCUCCAAGAUUGGGAAGUUUUGAUGGUUUAUGAUCAUCGGGCUCUACUUCGUUAUAAUCUCCAAACGGCAUUGGUGGUUGAGGUUAUUAAUAUUGAUAGUCUUCGGUUCCAAAGCGGUUUUCAUGCAAUUGCUCACGUGGGGACUCUUGUUUCACCUC